AUGCCUACUGUGCACCUGUUAGACUAUGUUGCCGGCAACAUCAGGAGCCUGGUGAACGCCAUUGAAAAGUGUGGAUAUGAGGUCGAAUGGGUUCGAUCGCCCGAGGACGUUCCCAAGGCAGAGAAACUUAUCCUCCCCGGUGUCGGUCACUUCGGCCAUUGUAUUUCCCAGCUUUCUCAAGCUGGUUACUCGGAGCCUAUCAAGAAGCACAUUGCUGAAGGAAAGCCCUUUUUCGGUGUUUGCGUCGGCUUGCAAGCUCUCUUCCAAGGUUCCGUCGAGGAUCCUGACAUCCCCGGUCUCGGAGUUGUACCAGCUACUUUGGAUCGGUUCGACGACUCAAGUAAAUCAGUACCUCACAUUGGCUGGAACAACGCUUUCACAGGUGGCAAGGCCAUGUACGACCUCCAACCGGACUCAAAGUAUUACUAUGUUCACUCUUACAAGUGCCCUUACAAGCAAGGGGAGCUUGAGUCACAAGGUUGGAGUGUUGCGACUGGCACAUACGGUACCGAGACUUUCGUCGGUGCCAUCGCCAAGGGCAACAUCUACGCAACUCAAUUCCACCCAGAGAAGUCCGGUACCGCCGGUCUAAAGACUCUUCGUGCAUUCUUGACAGGGGAGGGUCUGAAGACACUCGGUGAUGUUGUUGACGAGGCUGUCGCAAAUGCACCAGUUAAGUUCGAGGACAGCCUCACACGACGAGUCAUUGCAUGCUUAGACGUACGCACAAAUGACCAAGGUGAUUUGGUUGUCACAAAGGGUGACCAGUACGAUGUCCGCGAGAAGGGUGACGAUCGCAACGUGCGUAACCUGGGCAAACCCGUCGAGAUGGCUAAGCGAUAUUACGAGUCUGGUGCAGACGAGGUCACUUUCCUUAAUAUCACAUCUUUCCGGGACUGCCCAGUCGCUGAUCUUCCCAUGCUCGAGGUUGUUCGUCAGACAUCCCGUACUGUCUUUGUGCCUCUGACCAUUGGCGGUGGUAUUCGUGAUACCGUGGACACCGAUGGCACAAAGGUUUCAGCACUUGAGAUUGCUACCAUGUACUUCAAGUCCGGCGCUGACAAGGUCUCAAUUGGAUCUGACGCUGUCCUUGCUGCCGAGGAGUACUACUCUCUUGGUCGAAAGCUCUUUGGCAACACUGCCAUUGAGCAGAUCUCACGCGCAUAUGGUAACCAGGCCGUCGUUGUGAGCGUUGAUCCCAAGCGCGUCUACGUUCCCAAGCCAGAUGCUACCCGACACAACAUCGUCAAGACACAGUUCCCCGGUCCCAAGGGUGAGGAGUACUGCUGGUAUGCCUGUACGAUCAAGGGUGGUCGUGAAACUCGCGACAUGGAUGUGGUCGAGCUUGUGCAGGCUGUCGAGGCAAUGGGCACUGGAGAGAUUCUCCUGAACUGCAUUGACAAGGACGGCACCAACAGUGGAUUUGACUUUGAGCUCAUCAACCAGGUCAAGGGAUCUGUUAAGAUCCCCGUCAUUGCCUCUAGUGGAGCUGGUAACCCUGCUCACUUCGAAGAUGUGUUCCAAAAGACUACAACGGAUGCUGCUUUGGGUGCUGGCAUGUUCCACCGAGGCGAGUACACAGUGAAACAGGUAAAGGAUUACCUGCAAGAAAAGGGUCUCAAGGUGAGACAAUUUGAAGAAGGCUUUUAG